UAGCUUCAGCCUCCCAAAGUGCUAGGCUUGUAGGCCCUGGCCGCCACACCAGGCCACAUUUUUACAAAUGGUAUUCGGGAGAGGGCUGGCCCAUCCGCAGCCCUGCGUGGGCACACUGGCUGAGAGACGCGCGUGAGAAGCACACGCGUGUGAGCGCGGCGGAGGCGACCAGGACGGGCAGCAGCGGCAGCAGAAGGCGAGACCAGGAGACGCGCGACCUCCGCCCGCUGGGUGGAAGACGCUCAUCUGGGAGUCCGUGUUCCAGUCCACAGUAGUAGGGUCAGGCUGUCUCUGACGUCCAACACUGUGCUGAAGCAAAGGCGAGGAGGCCUUGCACUUCCUCUGGUACAGUGAAAAGAGCCCUGGGAGCAGCCUCUUGUGAAAGUCGGUGUCCACAGAGCCUCGCGAGGCACUGCAUUCCGCAGCCUGGCACGCAGGGGCUGCAGCGUCUGGAAGCCCGGGCCUCGCGUCUGCAGAAUCGCAGGCCGGGCCAGCAAACCUUCGCCAUCACCCAAUUUUAAUACCGUGCUAAAGCCAUCGACACUGUUUGGGGGGGGGGGGUAAGUGUGAUCCCUCCCCACCGUCCCUCUCUCCCUCAGCUUAGGGUUUGGGGGACCAGGAGGGGCUGGAGCUCGGCCCCAGCCUCAGAGUCGCUGCCAAAGCCCUUGUAACCCAAUCUCUCCCCUUUGAAGGGCAAAUCAGUGUCAAUUGCAUUCGCUGUCCACCCGGAAAGAACAAAAGAAAGAAAGCAAAAAGUAUUACAAGUGGAUAAAUAAUGUGCACUGCUCUGAGCCCAAAGGUACGCAGUGGGCCUGGUCUGUCUGAUAUGCAUCAGUACAGCCAGUGGCUGGCCAGCAGACACGAAGCUAAUUUGCUACCGAUGAAAGAAGAUCUGGCCCUGUGGUUAACCAAUCUAUUAGGGAAGGAGAUUACAGCAGAAACUUUCAUGGAGAAAUUGGACAAUGGCGCUUUGCUCUGUCAGCUCGCGGCAACUGUGCAGGACAAGUUCAGAGAGACCAUGGACGCUCACAAGCCCACAAAGAGUCUGCCACUGAAGAAGAUUCCAUGCAAAGCCAGUGCGCCCUCAGGCUCCUUUUUUGCCCGAGAUAAUACAGCGAAUUUCUUAUCCUGGUGUCGAGAUUUAGGGGUGGAUGAAACAUGUUUAUUUGAAUCUGAAGGUUUGGUCCUCCACAAGCAACCAAGAGAAGUGUGUCUCUGUUUGCUGGAACUUGGCCGGAUUGCAGCCAGGUACGGUGUGGAGCCUCCCGGGUUGAUAAAAUUGGAAAAAGAAAUCGAACAGGAAGAAACACUUUCUGCUCCUUCUCCUUCUCCUUCUCCUUCAUCAAAGUCUUCUGGAAAAAAGAGCACAGGAAACUUACUGGACGAUGCCGUGAAACAAAUUUCUGAAGACCCUCCUUGCAAGUGUCCCAGCAAGUUCUGCGUGGAGCGGCUCUCCCAAGGAAGAUACCGAGUGGGAGAAAAGAUCCUCUUCAUUAGGGGUCUUCAUGGUUGUAACUAUGUCUCCACAGCCAAAGUAAAGCAGACAUUGAAGAUGCUGCACAACAAACAUGUCAUGGUGCGUGUGGGAGGAGGAUGGGAAACUUUUGCUGGGUAUUUGUUGAAACAUGACCCCUGCCGAAUGCUGCAGAUCUCCCGUGUGGAUGGCAAAACAUCCCCCAUCCAAAGCAAAUCUCCAACUCUUAAGGACAUGAAUCCAGAUAAUUACUUGGUGGUCUCUGCCAAUUAUAAGGCUAAGAAGGAGAUUAAAUGAAAUUAAUUAGUCACCUCAAGGGGACUCUGAUAAGGGGCUAUAUCCACAUCUCCAGUGUAGUCAGUUUAGUUCACAUGCUCUGAAAUCCACUUUGGAAAAAGGUGUGACAGAAAAAUGUCAUCAUACUGAAAUACAGUAGCACUAUUUAUUUUUAAUGCUUCUCUGUAGGAAACGACAUUAUUAAAUUCGCAACUCAGAUUUAAAUUAGUUAAAUCGUAGGCAAAUUAUUUCUCAAUAUGUGAGCAUAGUAUUUAGGACACAAACAGUAUUAGGAGGACAACUCUAGCUGUAGAUGCUAAAGACAAAAUGGUUACUAGGAGAAAACACUUAGGAUUUGUGGAAAAGUCAACAGAAAGGGCCUGCUGUAUGUCUAUGAGCGAAAGCACCCCAGCCAUUUUUAUAAUUGCAGGAGUUUUAAGCUAUUUCUUACAAAAUGAUGAUUACUUUGAUAAUGUGCUACUGAAAUUAUCCAACAGCACUAUCAGUAAGUGCAGACUAUUAAUCACAAUAAUACUUUCCUGGAAAGGCCGCUUCAGAAAAGUUUACAUUCAUUUGGAAGAUUGCCUUAAAGUUUCUCUCUUAUCUCUGACCAAAUAUCUGAGGUACUUUUGGAAGUUUUUGGUAUACCCCUUAGAGAAUAGCUGAUGAAUUUCACACAUUCCUAAGCACAUGGCUGUGUUUAGAAUGACUUAGUGUAAUCCACACACAUGGGCUGAUACACAUUUAUAUUUUGAUAAGUGAAUUGUACAAAUGGUCGACUCCUUAUCAUUAUAAAGCAUUUUUCUUAUUAAAAUAUAUCUUUAGUUAAUCCUACUUUGCUAUGCUGUCUAGUAAAUUCACUGUAGCUAAUGAUGUUACAGGCUUGUGUAUAUCUUGUAUACCUAGGACAAGACAAACAGCAAAAUAUUGUCCUCGCUGAUGCAAGAAUUAAAAAGAUAAAUGUUAAAAAUGU